GCAAAACAUUUGCGAAGUUUUAGUCAAACAAAACGUUAUUUGUUUUGUUUUUGUGAAUUUGAGAUCAAAAGCAGUGAUUGAAAUGAGAUAUGAAUUGUUGUUCAACUCAUCGACAAUAAGCCACCACUCGAUCAUCACUUACAGCGCUUCCACUCAUUGCAAGACCUAACCAUCUCUUCGAUACACACAAUUGAGAUCACAUCCCAAGUAAUGGCCGCCUCUCUGAACACCGCGGAAGUGAUGGCAAACACCAGUUAUCCAUCAAAUAAGACUCCAUUCCUCAUUGGCGUCACUGGCGGAACCGCUUCGGGAAAGUCGACGGUUUGCGACAAAAUAAUGGAACAGUUGGGCGAAGACAGUGUCGCCAAUCGGGAGCGCCGAGUGGUUUGCAUACCUCAGGACAGCUUUUACCGAUCGCUGUCUCCCGAAGAGAUAGCGCUCGCAUUCAAAGGCAACUUCGACUUCGAUCACCCGACGGCCUUCGACGAGGACCUGAUGGCCAACACUUUGAUCGAUAUUCUUGAGGGCAAAACAGUUCGCGUCCGACAAUACAACUACAAAGAGAACACUGUCGGCGAAUCUGAAGAGACUGUAUAUCCGGCGGAUGUGGUUCUUGUCGAAGGGAUUCUUGUGUUUUAUUUCAAACAAAUUCGAGAUCUCUUUCACAUGAAGUUAUUCGUUGACACGGAUUCCGAUACACGACUCGCCAGACGUGUUGUGCGGGACGUGAAGGAGAGGAAUAGGGAUUUGGAGACAGUUCUCAAUCAAUACACAAAGUUUGUUAAGCCGUCGUUUGAAGAGUUCUGUCAACCCACCAAGAAGUACGCGGAUGUGAUUAUACCACGCGGUGCCGACAAUAAUGUUGCCAUUGAUUUGAUCGUUCAGACGAUUAAAGAUUUGCUACAAAACCCUCGAAUCCGUUCGUCGAGUCCAUUGUCACCUCCACCUAAUCUGGCGGCACAAAUGGAUCAGUUCCGGAGGACUGCCGUCACCCGCAGUGUGUCGGUCGGCAACUCUUCGCGUCCACAUUGAAUGCACUGAUCUUCGGAUAAAUAUAUAACUAAUAUUUUAUUGUUAAUUCUGUUUAAAAUAACCAUUUUCUCUGUUUGUUGUGCAAUACGUUUCGACGC